AUGGCUGCUCCCAAGUACGCUCUCGUCUUUGGCGCCAGCGGUGUCACUGGCUGGGCCUUUGUCAACGAAGUCCUGAACGACUACCCAAAGAAGGGUACCUUUGGCGGCGUCAUUGCCUUGGCCAACCGGCCCCUGACUCUCGAGCAGUCCCGCUGGCCCAAAGAUGACCGUCUCACCAUCGUGACGGGUAUUGACCUGCUGCAGGGGUCCCAGGAGGACCUCGAGAAGACGAUGAAGGCCAAGAUUCCCAACCUCGACAAGGUCACCGACCACCUUUUCUUUGCAUACAAGGCCAACACCGACGAUAAGGUGCAGAACGAGGAGAAUACCGACAUGUUCAAGCGCGCCGUCUUGGCGACCGACCACCUGUGUCCCAACCUUGAGACCGUCGUCCUGCAGACCGGCGCCAAGCAAUAUGGCUGCCACCUGCUCUCGAACCGCCCAGCACGCUUCGUGCCACCCUUCAAAGAGGAUCUGCCCUUCCUUGAACCGCCUGCCAGCGACGGCCUCUUUUACCUGCCGCAGAUGGACUUCGUCCGCGCGUAUGCAAAGGACAAGAAGUGGGGUUGGAUCGACACCCGCCCGGACAUUAUCAUCGGCUUCGUGCCCAACCAAAACUUCUUCUCGCUCGGCUCGUCGAUUGGCUUCUUCCUCAGCCUGUACCGCGAGAUCAACGGCGCCGGCGCCGAGUGCCCGUUCCCCGGCACCGCCAAGAGCUGGGCGACGAAGAGCAUCGACUCGAGCGCCGAGAUGAUUGCGCGCCAGACGCUGCACGUCCAGCUGUCGGACAGGUACCGGUUCGCCAAGGGUGAGUCGUUCAACGUGGCCGACGCGCGCACGCCGCGCACCUGGGAGACCCGCUGGCCGGACCUGUGUGCAUACUUUGGCCUCAAGGGCGUCAAGAAGGCCGAGGACAACCCGAUCGAGGUGCGCACGUACAUCCGGCAGAACAUGGACGUGUGGAACGGCAUGGAGGUCAAGUAUGGCCUGCAGUCGGGUCACGCCGACAGCCCGCGCAUCCACCCUGGGUUCGAGUACUUCUUGAUCACGCAGUUUGACCAGGACCGUCAGUACGACAUGACCAAGAUGUACGACGUAGCUGGCUUCCAGGAGGAGCGCGACACGACAAAGGCCUGGGGCCGCGUGUUUGACCACAUGCGGGCGGCCAAGAUUCUGCCGAGCGAGUUCAAGUAG